GUAAUGGAGGAAUCGGAUCCGUAUACUGCCUACUGUGUAUAUCAGUCCGUCGAUAGGGAGUUCCAUAGCUGUCUUGCGCCGAUAAGAUAAACCGAUAAGGUGGGUCGGAUGAGAGUGACGAGUCCUGAAUUUUUAUUUUCGCGUGCAAACCCUCUCGACAAUUCCCACCCACCUGCUACGGGACAGGUAGAAGAUAGCGACAUCACGAUGCCGAAGCCACGGUCGAGGCGGCAAGCUCUCCGCGACGAGAGGAAGGCGAAGAAGCACGAAAAAGAAUCGGCUGCCUACGACGGGAACGAAAAGACUACCAAGAAACGACGUUUGAACGAGGCGGGUGAUGCGGCGGGCGACGAGGCCCUAGAGCGAGAAGCGCGAUUCCAAGAUGGAUACGACGGCCAAUACCAGCCGCGAAAUGGCGGGCCUCAAUCCACCGACCGCGAGUUUUUCGGCAUGUUGUCGGAUCAAGAACAAGAAUACUUCCGCUCCGUCGACGAGCAGCUCGAUAUCGACGAUUUCCCCUCCCACGAAGACCGCCAGCUCUAUCUCGGCAGCGUGCUAGCCGAGGCCCAGGGCAAGGAGCUCAAGCUAGCCUGCAGCCAGUCCUGCUCGCGAUUGAUGGAGCGGCUGAUACUAAUGUCGAACACGCGCCAGAAGAAGCAGCUGUUCGGCCAGUUUGCCGGCCAUUUCCUGACCCUCAUCCAGCAUCGCUUCGCGAGCCACUGCUGCGAGACCCUAUUCCUCCAAUCCGCCCCGAUUGUCACGAGAGAGCUGGGAGGAGAGCGUGAUGACAUGCCGACCGACCAAGAUGACCCCGGCGAGCAGCCUCUGUCCUCGAUGGAAGAGUUGUAUCUGCUCACGCUCGACGAGCUCGAAGGCAGCCUCGGCUAUCUACUCACCGAUAGGUUCGCCUCGCACACGCUCCGCGUAUUGCUCAUCAUCCUAUCCGGACGGCCUUUGGAACAGUCGCAGACCAAAUCCCUCAUACACAGCAAGAAGAAGGAACAUAUAACAGUCCCUUGGACAUCUGACGGGUCGGCCAAGCUGAACUCGCAACCCCGGGCCGUACCCGCGUCCUUCACUCUGGCAGCCAAGAAAAUCAUCGCUGAUUCCAUUUCCGACUCGACUCCUACGGAGCUUCGAAUCCUCGCCACGCAUCCGACUGGAAACCCUGUUCUCCAGCUCAUGUUGGAACUGGAUAUCAGCCUAAAUGAGAAAUCUAGGGACCAGUCAGACAAGGCGAUAUUGCUGCCGCGUCUCUUGCCCGGGGCGCCUGCUUCGCUAAAGGAUAGCACGACUCCGGCAUCCGACUUCGUUAAUUCGAUGCUCUACGAUCCCAUCGGCUCACGGCUUCUCGAGACCCUCAUCACGCACUGUCCCGGGGGCAUUUUCAAGGCUAUGUACAAGCACAUCUUCGCAAGCCGCAUACAUAGCCUCCUUCGCAACGACAUUGCGUCCUACCCCGCGAUCCGCGUCCUGAAUAGACUCAGCAAGGAAGACCUAGCCCAAGUCGUCGAGAAGACCCUACCCGAGAUAAGCAAGCUCGUCGCGCUGUCGAGGUUCAACGCGAUCAAGGCCCUCUUCCAGCGAUGCGAGGUCCGACACGCCCAGGACGAGAUCGGGGCUCUCACCACGGCUCUGGUCGACGCCUUCGGGCCAGACCCGACGUCUCUCGUUCCGAAGCUGUGCCUGCCGCAAGCCCCGGAGGCCAGCAGCGAAACGGGCCACGGGCCGCCCGCGAAGAGCCACUCGGCCCUGGCCUCGCACGGCUCGCAGCUAGCCACGGCCCUCCUCGCCAUCCCCGGGGCGCCGCGCGGCGCAGUCCAGACGUCGCUCGCGGCGCUGCCCGCGGAGGUCCUGGUGCAGCUCGCGACGUCCUCGCACGUGCUGGCGGCCGCGCUGUCGACGCCGUCGCGGAGCAAGAUCCUGCACAAGACGCUCGUCGCGGCGCUGCGGCCGCACGCCUUCGCGCUCGCCGUGUCCGAGCCCGGCAGCCGGGUGCUCGCCGCCGUCGCCGCCAUGCCCUGCGCCAAGCAGCCCCCCGCCGCCGCCGCCGCCGCCGUCUCGCUCCCCUUCCACCUCAAGGAGUCCGUCCUCGCGCUGCUCGCGCCGCGCGAGCGCGAGCUGCGCGACUCCGCCCCCGGCCGCCGCGUCUGGCGCGCCUGGAAGGGCGACCUGUGGACGGCCCGCCGCCGCGAGUGGAUCGCCUGGGCCAAGGAGGUCGACGGCGCCCCCGCCGCAGCCGCGCCCGCGCCGGAGGGGCGGCGGCCGAGGGCCCCGAGGGAGGCCCAGAGGGAGCGCGAUGCGGGGACGUGGAAGCGGAAGAGGGGCGCGGAGGGCGGGUAGAGGGGGACAGAGGGCUCGGUGGUCAACCCAAUCUUGCUCGGCCGUGCGCCGUGUGUAGAAGACGAUGUCAGACAGAUAGACGGACGGAUGUAUAUACC